UGGUUCAGCCCCCGUCUACUCCGGGGUGGUGCUUAGUCGGCGCCAGACGGACCCUCGACUUCGGAGGGGCAGUGCCGUUCCUCUGGGCGCUCCCUCGGCGUCCGCUUCGGCUCCUUCAGCUUCCUCGGCCUCCUCAGCGUCCGCCGGGACCCGAGACCUCGGUGUAUGCCCCACCCCUGACUCCGCUAGAGAUAUGUCCACCCCGGCUCGGCGCCGCCUCAUGAGGGACUUCAAGAGGUUGCAGGAGGAUCCUCCGGCGGGAGUCAGCGGGGCUCCGUCCGAGAACAACAUAAUGGUUUGGAACGCGGUCAUUUUCGGGCCUGAAGGGACCCCAUUUGAGGAUGGAACAUUUAAGCUUACAAUAGAAUUCACCGAAGAAUAUCCAAAUAAGCCACCUACGGUUAGAUUUGUUUCUAAGAUGUUUCAUCCAAAUGUCUAUGCAGAUGGUAGUAUAUGUCUGGACAUACUUCAGAACCGCUGGAGUCCAACCUAUGAUGUGUCUUCCAUUUUAACAUCCAUACAGUCCCUAUUGGAUGAACCCAAUCCCAAUAGUCCAGCAAACAGCCAGGCUGCUCAGCUGUACCAGGAGAACAAGCGGGAAUAUGAGAAACGUGUUUCUGCAAUAGUAGAACAGAGCUGGCGUGACUGUUGACCCGGGUGCAGCAAAAGAAGAGGCUGGUCAUAAGAAAAAUAUAUAUUGAUGUGUUUGUCACCUUCCUAUUCCUCAGUGUCAUUACAUUACUUUAUUAAAAGCAAAAUAGCUGUCGUGCUGUUUCCAUCUUCCCUUGCCGAGUUCUUCCUACCCCUUCUCCCCUCUCCUUGAACAUCAGAAAACACCCUCUACGAGAUCAAAUGUACUGUACCUGGGUUACGUGCGGAAAUUACUAAUGCUUCACCCCUCUUCUGUCGUCUCAUCUCCAGCUUUAGGGUGGUAUUGUGUUACUGUACUCUACACUAAGCUUUUAAAGUGAAUUGUUGUACAAGUGGUGCUUACGCAUAGCUUGAUGGCCGGGAUGUUAUUUUUAACAAAAGGAUUGCUAAAGCGUUUCUUCCUGGCUGGUCCUUCACUUGCGUUGGAUUUAGAAGUGAAAGUUUGGAAUACGGCCUCUGAAAAACGGGAACAAAUCCACAUAAACACCUAUUCUAAAAGAGCAAUGGAGGCUAAAAAUGCUAUAAUACUAAGAUCAAGCCAAAAUGAAUUACAAGACGGUUUUGGUUUUUUUUUUUUUUU